CUAGAAGCUCGGUGGGUAUAUAAGGAUUGCGCGGUUUGCGUUCUGCCAAUUGUCAAUAAGCUGUGGUGCGAGGAAGUUGUGCUUGUAAAAGUGCGAUUACCGGUUAAAUCUUUACAUUCAUUUAAUAAUUUUAAGUGCAUUUAAAUAUUUAAACAGUCAAGAUGCCUGAAGAACAAAUGGGAGAAGUUGAAACUUUCGCCUUCCAGGCUGAAAUCGCUCAAUUGAUGAGCUUGAUCAUCAAUACCUUUUACUCCAACAAAGAAAUUUUCCUUCGUGAAUUAAUUUCAAAUUCCUCAGACGCUUUGGAUAAAAUCAGAUAUGAAUCUCUCACAAAUCCCUCAAAAUUGGACAGCGGCAAGGAUUUGUACAUUAAAAUCAUCCCAAACAAAAGCGAAGGCACCCUCACCAUCAUUGAUACUGGAAUCGGUAUGACUAAAGCAGAUUUAGUCAACAACCUAGGUACAAUUGCAAAAUCUGGCACCAAAGCGUUCAUGGAGGCUCUACAAGCAGGCGCCGAUAUUUCUAUGAUCGGUCAGUUUGGUGUAGGUUUCUACUCUGCGUAUCUUGUCGCCGAUAAAGUCACAGUCGUUUCUAAGCAUAAUGAUGACGAACAGUACAUUUGGGAAUCAUCAGCUGGUGGCAGCUUCACCGUACGCGUCGAUCACGGCGAACCCCUCGGCCGUGGCACCAAAAUGGUCCUCCACAUCAAGGAAGACCAGACCGAUUUCCUCGAAGAGCACAAGAUCAAGGAAAUUGUUAAGAAACAUUCUCAAUUCAUUGGUUACCCAAUCAAAUUGAUGGUGGAGAAGGAACGCGAAAAGGAGUUGAGCGAUGACGAAGCCGAAGAAGAAAAGAAAGAGGAAGACGAAGAUGAAUCCAAACCAAAAAUUGAAGAUGUGGGUGAAGAUGAAGAGGAAGAUAAGGAAGGCAAGGAUAAGAAAAAGAAGAAGACCAUUAAAGAGAAGUACACCGAAGAUGAAGAAUUAAACAAAACCAAACCGAUCUGGACACGUAAUGCCGAUGACAUCAGUCAGGAAGAGUACGGCGAAUUCUACAAAUCCCUCACCAACGAUUGGGAAGACCACUUGGCCGUAAAGCACUUCAGUGUGGAAGGUCAGUUGGAAUUCCGCGCACUUCUCUUUGUACCCAGACGUGUACCUUUCGACCUCUUUGAGAACAAGAAGCGAAAGAACAACAUCAAACUAUACGUCAGACGGGUUUUCAUCAUGGAUAAUUGCGAGGAAUUAAUCCCAGAGUACCUCAACUUCAUUAAGGGCGUCGUCGAUAGUGAAGACUUGCCCUUGAACAUCUCGCGUGAGAUGCUCCAACAAAAUAAAAUUCUCAAAGUCAUCCGUAAGAACUUGGUCAAAAAGUGCUUGGAACUCUUCGAUGAACUUGCCGAAGACAAGGAUGGUUACAAGAAAUUCUACGAACAGUUCUCCAAGAAUCUCAAGUUGGGCAUCCACGAAGACUCUCAAAACAGAGCUAAACUCUCAGAUCUGCUACGCUACCACACGUCUGCCAGUGGAGAUGAAAGCUGCUCCCUUAAAGAAUACGUUACGCGCAUGAAGCCCAACCAAAAACACAUCUACUACAUCACCGGCGAAAACAAGGAUCAAGUAGCCAACUCGUCGUUUGUUGAACGUGUUAAGAAGCGCGGAUUUGAAGUUGUCUACAUGACCGAGCCGAUUGAUGAGUACGUCGUGCAGCAAAUGAAAGAAUAUGACGGCAAACAACUUGUUUCCGUCACCAAGGAAGGUCUCGAACUUCCAGAAGAGGAGGAGGAGAAGAAGAAACGCGAAGAAGACAAAACCAAAUUCGAGGGUCUUUGCAAGGUCAUGAAGAACAUCUUGGAUAGCAAAGUAGAAAAGGUGGUCGUUUCAAACAGGCUGGUAGAAUCGCCAUGUUGUAUCGUCACAUCGCAAUACGGAUGGACUGCCAAUAUGGAACGUAUCAUGAAAGCACAGGCGUUACGCGACACAUCCACGAUGGGCUACAUGGCCGCAAAGAAACACCUGGAAAUUAACCCUGACCACUCCAUCAUUGAAAACCUCAGGCAAAAGGCCGAAGCCGACAAGAACGACAAGGCCGUUAAAGACCUAGUUAUCUUAUUAUUCGAAACUGCUCUCCUUAGUUCCGGAUUCGCGCUCGACGAACCACAAGUACAUGCAUGCCGCAUUUACAGAAUGAUCAAAUUAGGUUUGGGUAUCGACGAAGAGGAACCCAUGAUGACUGAAGAAUUAGAAGGUGCUGCGGGUGAUGUUCCAGCUACAGAUGCCGAAAGCGAAGAUGCAUCGCGUAUGGAAGAGGUUGAUUAAGCUGCUAUCAGUAUUUUAGGUUUUUCCAAUUGUUCGCGUUGAAGGCAUGUGUUGUAGUAUGCUUUUAACUUCAUUCCUUUGUCUAAGAAUUUAUUUUUAGUUAUUUAUAUCUUAUUGAUGUACAGGCUGUGUCCAAGGAAAUACUAGUUUUUGCAAAUGUACUGAUUUCAAAUAAAUCUUCUUUAAAA